AUGGAGUCAUUUUUGAUUACGGAUAAUCAAAAAAAACCAAGAUCAACCAAUUUUUAGACAACCACUAAAUUAAUAAAGGUAACAUUAGGAUCUGGCGUAUUUGCUAUACCAUUUGCUUAUUCUUAGUCUGGACUGUUGUGGGGUGUAAUUUUAUAAUUGUUAAUUUGUAUUACGUAAUAUAAAUCAUGGUGUACAAUGGUAAAUUGUUUAGGAGAAGAAAAACGAUAAACACUUAUUGAAUAUCUAUCCUCUAUUUAUGGAGAUAGGAAUUGGAUAUAUAUUUUAGCUAAAGUGAUGUCUAUCCUUUUGAAUUUUGGAUGUGGGCUAUCUUACGUCAUAUUGUUUUAAACUACUAUUGGAGAAUACUUUGACAAUAAUUUAUGGUGUAGAUUAGUUAUGUUCUCUUUUCUAUUUAUCAUUAUAUUUGGAUUCUCUUUUGGCAAAGACUUAUAGAUUUUUACUCCUAUCUUGAAAUAUGCUUUACUAUUAGUCUACUUAUCAUUUGCUUAUCUGUCAACCUUGGCAGUUGUACAAUAUCAAAAAUGGGGUCUAGUUGAACCUGAUAUUAAAAAAGUUAUGAUGGCUUUUGGAAUUAUGAUUUUUGCUUAUGACAUCAAUGGGGUUUUAACAGAAAUUAGAGUUGAAAUGGAAGACACUCGUUCAUUUAAAAAAUGUCUCUUUAUUGCCAUGGUACUAGAAACUAUACUAUACUUAUUCUUUGGUAUAUCAAGUUCAUUAUUAUUUCAAUCUAACACUGAUUAAUCAAUCAUUACUAAUUUUUAAAUAGAAUUUAAAGGAAAUUAUCCAAUAGAAAUCACACUCUCAAUCUUAAUGAUUUCAUAUGUCUCUAUUUUGAUUAUCAAUACAUUAAUGGUUAAUAUGCCAGUCUAUCAGCUUGUAAAUCUUAAUACUCAUAAAAUUCAAAAAUUUACUUUGAAAAUUCUUUAUGUGCUUUCCUAAAUGGUAAUCAAAUCAUUUUAUUUAUUUAGUUAACUGCAUUCCUGUAUCCUAACUUUGCCAUAGUCUUAUCCAUUGUUGGAUGUAUUUGCUGUGUUUCAUUAGGAUAUAUCAUUCCAUAUGGUAUGACUUUUCACUAUGCUCUUAAACCUAUCUAUUAGAUAUUUAAUUCAAUUAUUGUAUUAUUUGGUAUUGCAGGUGGUGUUUUUGGAAUAAUCACUUGUUUUGAUUGA